CCGCUGGGCUUGGGGCUCUUGGCAGGCUCAGGGCUCUCGGCAGGCUUGGGGCUCUUGGCUGGCUCAGGGCUCUUGGCUGGCUCAGGGCUCUUGGCUGGCUUGGGGCUCUUGGCUGGCUCAGGGCUAUGGGCAGGCUCAGGGCUAUGGGCAGGCUUGGGGCUCUUGGCUGGCUCAGGGCUCUUGGCUGGCUCAGGGCUCUUGGCUGGCUUGGGGCUCUUAGCCGGCUCAGGGCUCUUGGCUGGCUCAGGGCUAUGGGCAGGCUCAGGGCUCUUGGCUGGCUCAGGGCUAUGGGCAGGCUCAGGGCUCUUGGCUGGCUCAGGGCUAUGGGCAGGCUCAGGGCUAUGGGCAGGCUCAGGGCUAUGGGCAGGCUUGGAGCUGGCUGCUCAGGGCUCUCGGCAGGCUUGGGGCUCUUGGCUGGCUCAGGGCUCUUGGCUGGCUUGGGGCUCUUGGCCGGCUCAGGGCUCUUGGCCGGCUCAGGGCUCUUGGCUGGCUCAGGGCUAUGGGCAGGCUCAGGGCCCUUGGCUGGCUUGGGGCUCUUGGCCGGCUCAGGGCCCUUGGCUGGCUUGGGGCUCUUGGCCGGCUCAGGGCUCUUGGCAGGCUCAGGGCUAUGGGCAGGCUCAGGGCUAUGGGCAGGCUUGGAGCUGGCUCGGCGCGGCUUGGCACCUCCGCUGGGCUUGGGGCUCUUGGCCGGCUCAGGGCUCUUGGCUGGCUCAGGGCUCUCGGCAGGCUUGGGGCUCUUGGCUGGCUCAGGGCUCUUGGCUGGCUCAGGGCUCUUGGCUGGCUUGGGGCUCUUGGCAGGCUCAGGGCUCUUGGCUGGCUCAGGGCUCUUGGCUGGCUUGGGGCUCUUGGCAGGCUCAGGGCUCUUGGCUGGCUGAGGGCUAUGGGCAGGCUCAGGGCUAUGGGCAGGCUCAGGGCUAUGGGCAGGCUUGGAGCUGGCUGUGGGCUUGGGGCUCAAUGCGCUGGCAGCUUCCACUGCAAGAAGAUUUGAGAGGAAGGAAGGCGGGCAAGGCAGGGGAAAUGCGGUUGUAG